AUGCUUCGAAUUCAUUAUAGGGUGCAUACGAAAGAGAAACCCUACGUAUGUAAGAUUUGUCUGAAAACAUUCACUCAAAGAGGUUCUCUAAAAAUACACAUGAGGCAUCAUUCAGGCGAACGACCUUAUGGUUGCGUCAGAUGUUCUAGAAAAUUUAUCAGUAAAACUUUGUUGGACAAUCAUUCGUGUCCAGUAUCCAACUAAUGGCGAAGAAAAGACUACAUUGGGAUUAAAUUCAAGGAAUUGUACAGAAUGCAAAAUAUGCUUUAACUCAAAAUAUCAAUUACUUAAACAUAAAAAACAAGUUCAUAGUAACGAGGUGUUUUCCUGUGAGAUAUGUCUAAAGACUUUCGCAACAAUGUUUGUUUUAAAGAGACACAAACAAAGAAUCCAUUAUUCGGAUCGACCUUAUUUUUGCGAUUUUUGCGACAAAAGAUUUCCAUCGGUGCAAAGAAAAACUGCACACGAAAGGACGAAUCAUUUGAAAGCGAAAUUAGUAGGUAUAUGCAAUUGUUGCAACAAAAGCUUUUUCAGCAAAGUUUCCUUAGAACGACACCUGCAGCUUUCGGCUGAAUCGAGGAAUUCUAAAAACGAAAAAUAUAAUAAGACAAAGACAGAUUUGAAAGAAUAUCCUUGUGAAAUCUGCGGAAACGUGUUAUCGACUAUUCAGUCGUAUAAAAGACAUAAGCAGAGACACGGCACAUCUAAAGUAUCAGUGGUAUGUAACGUUUGUGGAAAAACGAUUGUUAGAGACAAUAUCACGAUCCACAUGCGACGUCAUACGGGAGAAAAGCCUUUUAAAUGUGACCGCUGCCCGAUGGCUUUUGUAAGAAGUUCUUUACUAGCCGAGCAUAAACGGGUGCAUUCCAACGAAUCCCCUUAUCAGUGUUUAUAUUGUCAGAAAAGGUUUACAGUAAAGAGUGCAUUAAAUAAACAUAUUAUUUACCAUGAGGGAAUCAAAUCGCAUCAGUGUCAGGUUUGCUUGAAACGUUUUUAUCAAAAGUAUGAAGUUAAGAGGCAUAAAUGCACUGGCCCAUCUAACCAAAUUUAACUAUCUACUUAUACAGAUAUAGAAGGAAUGCGCAUAUUUUAAUUAUUGAAAUUUAAACCGCGUGGCAGAGCUGCAAACUCACGAAAAACUUAAGUCGUUUUUCGAAAGCUGACUUAAAAUUCAAGAAAUUUUCAAAAUGAUUUGUGAUUUAAAUUUUUAUUCGGAAAUAGGAAAAGAAUUAAGUCAUUAAAGAAAGGUUUGAAUCUUUUAAAAUAUUUAAUUCUAAUAAUUAAAAUCCUCCAGCCCUUAGCUUAUGUUAUAGUGAUCAAAACAUGUUACCACUUUUUAAUGGACAUAUAUUCAAUGACAUCUAAACUGUAAUGGGAUAUGUCGCAGGCAAGGGUGGAUGGGGAAGUGGAAACCGGCCCGGAAAAAACAGGCAACCGGCCCAAAUCCACAAAAACAAAAUGACCAUAACGAAGAAACAUAUUUUAUUUAUUAAUAUUUAAAUAAGGGUGCUUUUUGCUCGUGCGAAAAACACUUUUGCCUCCGGAUUUUAAAGAAAGACAUUAAUUGUCUUGAUCAAAAUUUUCGUAAAGACCAAUAUUGGGUCGGACAUCUCAAUU